ACUUACUUCAGUCUCAUGUGAAUCUUCAUACAUAAAUGCUUUAAUAUCAUACUCAAAUUUUGAAUGUAAAAGAAAGAGUUCUUUUAAUACUAAACAAUUCAUCUACAAUCUCAUAUAUCUUAACUAAAAAAAAUAUUUUGAAAAUUAAAAUUUUUAACAGAGCAAAAAAGUGAUUAAUAUAGUAUUAAAAGCAAACAACAGUUUUGUGAUUAACAGGACAUUGACUUCAAUUAUAACAAAAUAUAGAAGUAGUAUCCAGUGGUUAUUGUCAUGAGGGGAAUAAUAGUAAUAUUUACUAUACUUGUCGCAGUUAACUGUCGUCAAAUAACAUUUAAUGAAAAUGACCUACAACAACUACAAAAAUCUCUUCAUGAAUCUGCGAUUUACAUGAGAAAUGAAGUUAAAAACGAGGAUGUAUCAAUUUGCAUUGGUGCCACAAGAGCUGGUAAAAGUACACUAAUUAAUUACUUAAUUGGCAACAAAUUAAAAUCUGUAAGACAUUCCAGAUUCACUCCUAUUUCAAUAGAAAAAGUAGACAAUCAAUCCGUAGGCCCUGAAAUAGGUCGAGGAGCAGCGUCAAAAACAACAAUCCCUACAAAAUGGGUGUCAAACGUACAUUCAAAUAUUAUUAUUUGGGAUGCUCCUGGUUUUGAUGACAAUAGAGGAACAGUACAAGAUAUCACUAAUGCCUUUUAUCUCUAUCAAUUGGUGCAAAAUGUUAAAUCUCUAAAAAUUAUUCUAGCUAUUGACAUCAAUGACAUUCUUCACGAUAAUAUCAAACCCUUUAUAUCAGUUUUAAAAGCUGUUGAAAAUCUAUUAGGAGAGAAAAUGAGAGACUUCUUCUCAAGUAUAACAGUAAUACUCACAAAAGUACCAAACACCCUUGAAGGCGUUCCAGUCGACAUGGAAUUCAUAAAUGAAAAAUUAGCAGAUCAAUUUUUAUCAAGCUUUGACAUGGAUUUGUCUUAUUUUUCCAAAGAAUUUGUACAGCACUUAAUAAAAUAUAAUCAACAAAUGGGUUUCUUUAAAAGACCGGAAAUUGUAGGUAAUAUUACCCAUGCAGUCGAUGUUAAUAUUUUUGAAGCGAUCAACAAUUCUACAAGUAUACCAAAAUAUAAUCUUCAACAAUUAAGUCCAAGUAUUUCUGAAACAUCAACACUUUGUCUUUAUGGCAUUCGUGACAAAUUGUAUUCAAAAUCAGCAUUUGAAGAAUUACAAAAUGGUAUUGAUCUUCUGGUUGAUAAGAAGGUGAUGGAUGCAGAGACAUUAAAUUAUGAUGGUAAUGUGAAAGCUCAACUAAAAUUAGUGCUUAAAGAUUUAGGUAAAAUAGAAAAUGCAUUAUUUAAAGCUACAUUUGAUUCAAAUGAUUUCUUCAAACAAAUAGAAAUUUUUGAAAUGCUUGAUGUUGGCAUUGAAAAAACCAUUAAUGAAAAUCAUUUAUUAGAAACUGCAAAUUUAAUCGAAUUUGUUGAUAAAUUACUAAAUCUUGAAGAAAGCAAAAUAUUGUCUAAAAAAUUACAAAAAGUUCUAUCGACUUCACUUUUAAAAGUAAAGGCAGCCAUUUCUUCUAUUCGCGAACAAUUAGGUGAAGUAACGCAUCAAGAACGGGAAGAGUCAAUGAGAAAAGAACAAGAUGAAUAUAAGCAGCAACUACUUGACUUAAAUAAUCAAAUAAGAUUGCUGAAUCAAGCGAAUGAAGAUAAAAAAAACUUCUGGGACAAGGCAUUACAAUUUGCACCCUUUGCUAUUGGGCUUGCAGGUUUAUUAGGAUAAUGUAAUAAGUCUUAAGUAAGAUGAUUAAUAUGAUUAAAUAUUCUUAUCAAUUUUAUUAAUUAUACUGUUAACAAAUUUCAUUUAUUAAAUAUUCCAUUUCCUUUUAUUUUCAAAAAAUAUAAUCUAAUUAUUGUUAAAAAGUGUUUUUUGCUCAAUAAUAAUAUGUAUAACCAUACUUUAUAAAGAUUUUAAUUAAUCAUGAGCAUAAUGAAAAUAUUAAUAGUAUAGUUGUUGGGAUGGUUACAGUCUAUGCGGUUACGAUAAUAUAAUACUUUCACUGAAAAUGAUUUAAAAUUAUUGCAAAAAGCUCUAAAUGAGUCUGUGAUUUAUAUGAAAAACGAAGUUAAGCAUGAAGACGUAUCCAUUUGCAUUGGUGCCACAGGAAAAAAGAACAAUGAGAAAAGAACAAAGGGAUUAUAUGCAACAACUAUUUGACUUAAAUAAUCAAAUAAAAUUUCUGGAAAAAGAGAAUAAACGUAAAAAAAACCUACUGGAACACUGAUUUAAAGUUAGCAUCCUUUACUGUUGUAAUUGCACAUUUUAUUUGAUAAUUAAAAAAGUAUACACUGUAAAAAAUUUUUUGGCAUUUUUUCCGAAAAAAUACGGACAGCACGGAACCCCAAACGGUGGAAAUUUUUCCGAAUAAAUAAAAGAAAUUAUCUCUUCUAUGAAUUUAGGAAAUAUUUCCUACUACAUAUUUAUUCGGAAAUUCUACUUAAAUCAUUUGAAUAUUUAUGUAAAAAAUCAAAACUGUUUAUAUUAUAUUCUGAUAUAUUAAAAUAAAUGUAAAUUAAUUAAAAAAAAAUUAUUAUUAA